GCCGCCCCGCAGCCCGCGAUGCGCUCGGACCGCCGGCCACGCCGCGGGGCAUGGUGAGCCCGGGGCGGCCGCUCCCCGCGGGGACCCGGCAGGCGGCCUCGCUACUCCGCCUCGGCCUCCUCCUCCUGCCGCCGCUGCUGCGGGGCUCCGGGGCGCAGAAAGGUGAUGGAUGUGGACACACUGUUCUGGGCCCUGAAAGUGGAACUCUUGCUUCGAUAAACUACCCACAGACCUCUCCCAAUAGCACAGUCUGUGAAUGGGAAAUCCGUGUAAAGCCUGGGCAGCGAAUUCAGCUCAAAUUUGGUGAUUUAGACAUUGAUGACUCAGAUUCUUGUCAUUCCAGUUACUUGAGAGUUCACAAUGGGAUUGGCCCCACCAGGACAGAGAUAGGAAAGUACUGUGGAUUUGGCUUUCAAAUGGAUGGUUUAAUAGCUUCAAGAAGCAAUGAAGUCACAGUGCAGUUCAUGAGUGGAGUACACACUUCAGGGCGUGGAUUUCUUGCAGCUUACUCAACCACUGACAAAUCAGACCUAAUUACCUGUUUGGACAAUGCAAGUCAUUUUUCUGAACCAGAAUUCAAUAAAUAUUGCCCAGCUGGAUGUGUGAUUCCUUUUGCUGAUAUUUCAGGCACUAUUCCCCAUGGAUACAGAGAUUCAUCAUCACUUUGCAUGGCUGGUGUUCAUGCAGGCGUCGUGUCAAAUACUCUGGGUGGCCAAAUUAACGUUGUAAUCAGCAAAGGCAUUCCAUACUAUGAAGGCUCCCUGGCUAACAAUGUCACCUCAAAAGUGGGACCGUUAUCUACAAGUCUCUUCACAUUUAAGACUAGCGGUUGCUAUGGGACGCUGGGAAUGGAAUCUGGGGUAAUCUCUGAUUCCCAGAUUACGGCAUCAUCUAUUCUUGAGUGGCCUGACCAAACAGGAAGAGUGAACACUUGGAAACCUGAAAAUGCCAGACUGAAAAGGCAUGGACCUCCUUGGGCUGCUUUGGACAGUGAUGAACGUCAGUGGCUGCAGAUAGACUUGAAUAAAGAAAAGAGAAUUACAGGUAUUAUAACUACUGGAUCAACCUUAGCAGAGUACUACUAUUAUGUCUCAGCCUACAGAAUUUUAUACAGUGAUGAUGCACAAAAGUGGACAGUAUACAGAGAACCUGGCAUUGAUAAAGAUAAGGUAUUUCAAGGGAACACUGAAUUGUACCAGGAAGUUCGCAAUAAUUUUAUCCCACCUAUUAUUGCACGAUUUGUUAGGAUUAACCCCUUAAAAUGGCACCAGAAAAUUGCAAUGAAAGUAGAAUUGCUAGGAUGUCAAUUCAGCAUAGUCCGUGCUCCUAAAAUCUCCAUGCUGCCUCCCCCACCGCCUCAGGACACCAACAAGGUUGAUGACAUCAGUGAGGACUUCAUUCACUCAGUGAAGACUUCGUUGCAGACAGAUAAAACAACUUUCACACCUGAAAUAAAAAACACCACAGUGACUCCAAGUGUAACCAAAGAUGUGGCAUUGGCAGCAGUUCUGGUUCCAGUGCUGGUGAUGGUCUUCACUACUCUGAUUCUUAUCUUAGUUUGUGCGUGGCAUUGGAGAAACCGCAAGAAAAAAACUGAGGGCACGUAUGAUCUACCUUACUGGGAUCGUGCAGGGUGGUGGAAAGGAAUGAAGCAGUUUCUCCCUACCAAAUCAACAGAACAUGAAGAAACUCCUGUACGUUACAGCAGCAGUGAAAUUGGUCGCCUCAGACCAAGAGAAGUUCCAACAAUGUUGCAGACAGAAUCUGCAGAGUAUGCUCAGCCUCUGGUUGGCGGCAUUGUCGGCUCGCUUCAUCAGAGAUCAACCUUCAAACCAGAGGAAGGAAAAGAAGCAAGUUAUGCUGAUUUGGACCCUUACAAUUCACCUGUACAAGAAGUUUAUCAUGCCUAUGCUGAACCACUGCCUAUAACUGGACCAGAAUACGCAACUCCAAUAGUCAUGGACAUGUCCAGUCAUCCCAGCACACCUCUUGGCGUUCCUUCUAUUUCCACCUUCAAAGCAGCAGGGAAUCAAGCUCCUUCACUGGUGGGAACUUACAAUAAGCUCUUGUCCAGGACAGACAGCGUGUCCUCAGCACAGGCACUGUAUGACACACCAAAGGGACAGCUGGGGCCAGGCACUGCUGACGAGUUGGUGUACCAGGUACCGCUGAGCACGGCCCAUUCCAUCAGCAGUAAAGAUGAACCAAGUUAGCUCAUAUAUAAGGUAUAUAAGGCAGGACGAUGGCAAACAUGGCUUGUUUUUAAAAGCCAGUUUCGUAAAGCUGACAGAUUCAUUUUUUAAUCACACUGUUUUGAUAACUGUUAUUCUUAAGUAAUACAGUGUUGAGCCAAAAGAUGUAUCAUUGGAAAUCUGCGAAACCAGUCAUUCUGCCUUUUCUUAAGCUGCAUUUAUAACCAGGAGCUCUGUUGUUGGUGUUUUUUUCCCUACUGUACAGUUAUCUGUCAGGCAUGACAGAAGGUCUCUUCAAGAUUAGCUUCAAAAAGUCAUAGAUGUGAAUGAUGAAUUUGGAGAAACAACUGUUGAAAGUACGAAAGAUGGUAAUUUAUUUGCUAAUGGUACUAUUUCUGGGGAAAAAUAAUAACCCACAGUCAAAACUUCAGAUUUUCAAAAAUCUGUAGGCACGGCACGAGUUGCCCAGAGCGUGGAUGGUGGAUGCCCCAUCUCUGGUGCCAUUUAAGGUCAGGUUAGAGGGGCUCUGAGCAACCUGAUCGAGCUGUAGGUGCUCCUGUUCACUGCAGGGAGAUGGACCAGAUGACUGAUGAGGGUCCCUUCCACUGAAACAAUUCUAUUGUUCUAUGAUACAUAGGUACUACAGCUUCUAAAAUUCAUUUUACCCUAUAAAAUUUGUGUACAGCCUCGAACUUUGGAAAUUCCAUUAACUUCAUGACAUAAAAAUGGUCAUGAUUGUAAAUUAUGUUAAUUUUGACUUUUGUUCACAGGACUGGGAAUCAUGACCUAUUUGUUCCUUAGAAUUUUCCUAGCAUUUUUGUUAGCCUUCGGAAACUAGAAUUUGCUGUCUUUACAACCCAUUUUCUUUUCUGCCUCAUGUCUUAAGCCGCUCAGCCUUUGUGUCCUGGUAGGGAUACAGCAGGUACAGUCUGAAGUCUUACAAGCAAAUUACCCUGCAACUGCUUUCACUUACCUGCUAAGUAAAGGCUGCUCUGACUGGUGUCUGCCUUCAAUUAAACUUCUGCAAGAAGCAUGCAGGCAUUCAAAGUGACUGACAUGUUCCCUCUCCCACAGCAGUAUCUAUUGUUGUAGGUUAAGAGGUGAGUGUAUUCAAAGAAAGAUAUGUACAUACUUUUGUGAGUGCUUGAAGAAGCACACAAAUAUUCUAACGGUGCGUAGUUUGUGUUAAUACAUGCAUUUAGCACGGAUGGUACUUUUAGCACAAUUGGAAAUCUUUGGUCCUAGGGCUUUUCUUAUGAUUGUUCUUUUUAAAGAUCUUGGAAUCUUUUAUGCUUUUUACUGAGAACAAUUGCUGUCCCAAAGAGUGUCAUUUUAGAAACAUUUAAUUGAAUUGUUAUCUUUUGAAUGUUCCAGUUUUCUCUGCAAUGAAACAUGGCAGUCAGUCUUCUACUUAAGAUUGGGUAGACUAGUUUUAUCUCGGUAAUCACAAAACGAGAACCAUUUGGAUGUCUAAUCUUGUUAGAAACAAAGCACAGCUUUUUAUCUUAAGUAGUAGAAAAGAAUUCUUAAAUAGCUUUAUUUUUAUUGUUACAGCACUGGUGGGAGGAUGCUGAAUUAAUUUAUAAAUGUGAAAAUCCCUAGCUACACAUUAGCCCAGUUUUAUGGACUGUAAUGGCUACUGUUUCCUUCUGUAACACAAUUUGUCAGCUUUGGUGUUGCCCGUGGGCCUGACAUGAGGUGGCUCCCAUCCCCAUCAAAGCCAAAGUCAUGUACAAGAGAACAGCUACUGCACCUCGUACAGAACAGUGCCCUGACUGAGUACUUGAGUCUUUUUGUAGAGAGACAACCAGCAUUUCUCAUGGUCUAUCCACUGCCUAGAAUGUUGUUACCUAUACUCUGCUGCCUUAAAACUCAAUUCUACAUUUUUUUGAUCAUGAACAGGAAUGCUUUUUAGAAUUGGGAGCCUAAGCCUAAAUCUGAGUAGGCAACGAAGGGCGGUAUAUAAGGCCUAGUUGUGGAAAGGAAUUUCCUGCAUAUAAGUUGUACUUCUGAUGUAAUUGCAACUUCUUCUGAUUGAUAAAGCUAGUUCACAGUCCUCUGUGCUCUCCUUAAACAGGCAGGUACGUGCUCGUGCCCCACAGCAGCAGUUAUAAGCUGGAUGUUAUGGCAUUUUAUUUGAAAGGGUUGGAAGGUUGGUUGGUUGCACCAAGGUGUGAUAUGCUGAUUCCAAUUCACUUGAAGAAACUUUUGAACUUUUAGUCUUUGAAACAAAAAUAUCUGCGUGGAUCACACGGAUUUGUUUAAGUAAUUUGGUAAAAUUAAUUAACAGUGUUGGAAAUCUGCAUUUUAUUUUUCUUGUAGGCCAGGUAUAGCGUAACAAUGGGUAUAACUGUAGGCUAAGGCAGUGUAAAAGAGUGGGUUUUGUUCAAGCAGCCACGAUGCGGUUUCAUUAUCUGAGCAGCAUGAUCUGUUGUAGUUAAGAAUGGAGUUAGGUCCUCUUUAUGAAAGAAAAUGGCCUCAUGCUUUGCUCACCGCUUUCAACAUUUACAUUGUAAGUUGGAAUUUCUCAUAGUUGGGUUUAAAGUGUAUGCUACAAACUGUUAAACAUCAACUCCCAAAUGUAAAUUGUGUGACAGACCUAAGAGUGAUGUUCUCCCAUGUACAAUGCAAGCAGAGGUACAAUUAAUGGGUCUCAUUUUUACAUGUGAAGCUAUAUGGAUAUAAAGUGUAUUUCAGCCUUCUUUGGCUUGAUUAUGUUCUUACCUCAGCAUGUAGCGUAGUUGCUCAGUAUCUGUAUAUGUUGCUAGAAAUUAGACUGUAUAAAUAGUGAGGUUUUUUAAUGUAUGUUAAAAAGUAUUUUAAAUAAAUUGUACAUACCUAUUAUGCCCA